AUGGCUCGAGCCACGACGACUGAUAGGCGAUGGUCCGGGUGGGUCAGCCUGCUCGUGGCUUCCGCGGCCGUGAUUACCGGCGUGCUCCUGGGCGGUACGCAUCUGCUUCUGCCGGAUAAGAAGAGCAAGACGAGCCCCAGCAUCCUCAUGAUCUUCGCCAAAGAGGCUUUCGACUGGUCCAGCAGCACCACGCCGGCGCCUCUGAGCGCCACGGCGGUCGCGGUGAAGGCCAUUCUCGGCGGGAAGAGCGACGGCGCCCUGGCGCUGGGGCUGGAGAACGCGGUGCUCUCCGCAGCGGGGCCCGACGGCAGCACCAGGGCGGUUGACGUCAAGGUCGACCCCGAGUUCGGGACGACACCGCUCCACCUGGCGGAGCUCUGGGGCAGCAGCGAGCUCGUGGAGUACCUGCUGUCCAUCGGAGCCAGCCCGGACGCGUUCGACACCGUCGGCCGCCAGCCGCGAAACAUGACGUUCAAGGCCUUCAGCGCCAACAGCAAGAAGGCCGCGGACGCCCGCCUCCCCGCCUUGCCGGACUCAGCAUCCGCAGCAGCGGGCGAUCGUGGGAUGCCGCAAGACGACGAGAUGAGGUGCGAGAUCCCCGAGGUGACCAUCCCACUUUUCCCCACAGCAGAUGGUGAUGAUGCGGCGGAACUCCAUGACCACGACCAGUGGCAAUCCUCCGCGCUGGCGGCCCUCGCCGAGGUGCGACGGCUUGUCAGCGAGGGCGAGCCGGUGAUGGUUCGCAACGUGGUUCCCUGGCUUCAGCAGCAGGAAAAGAAGCAGCUUCAGUUUCCCGACGCCGCCUCGUUCGCCGAGGCGUGGGGACACCGGCCGGUGGACGUCGGCGGCGUCCCGUACGCCAAGAACUUCGACCUCUUGAACGAGCGCACGACGCUCUCGGACUACAUGAAGUCAACAAAGACAACCGCCGCCGCUGCUGCCGACAGCAGUGGCCGGGGGAACGACCAAAAGGCGACGGGCCCCGCCCCCAACUACGUGUUCCAGGUGGACACCGAGGCCUGCGCGGAAGGCCGCGACCUCCUGGGCAGGGUCGUCGACGCCGCCCUGCCGUCCUCGGGCGACAGGCCGAUCGUGUGCCCGCCCCCCGGCGGCCUCCGGGGCCUGGAGAGCGUCCACUACUACCUCGGCGGGCGGCACAGCGGCGCGCCCUUCCACAUCCACUCGGACGCGCUCAACCUGGCCGUGUCCGGCAGGAAGAGGUGGUGGGUGGUGACGCCUCGGGAGGCGGUGUGGAGCCGGCGGCACAUCCGGGACUACGCCGAGGAGGGCAAGGGCGGGCCGCCGGCCAGCGGCGAGGACCGGCCGAUGGAGUGCGUGCAGCGAGGCGGCGACCUGGUGUACGUACCCGGGGACUGGGGCCACGCCGCCAUGAACCUGGAGGACGGGACGUUCGGGUACACCCUGGAACUGGUCAACCGCAGAGACACCCUCGCGUCCGUCCUUGGAAUGGGCUGCGAGCAGUAGCCUGCGCGGCGGAAUAGCAAUGCCUCUCGCCCUUCCAGCAAGUAGUUCGUUUCCACCUUGUUUCAGCUAAAAGUGUUCGUCUGCCUCGUGUACAAGCAAGAGCGCCUGUGGUAGCU